AUGCUGAGCCUCUUGUGUGCACUAACCCUGGUUACCCGGACUCUGGCCAUAGUUGGUGCUCAAGUCGGUGCCGAUGGUAUAACGAACUUGUUUGGCAAUUCCUUCGGCCUACCAGGGACUAAUGCAACCGACGACUAUAUUGUCAUUGGGGGAGGGACUGCUGGGAAUGCCAUCGCGGCCCGACUGGCCCUCGCCAAUCAUUCUGUCGCCGUUGUAGAGACCGGUACCUUUUAUGAAAUUGUCAAUUCGAAUCGUACCCAGGUCCCCGGAUACGACUUUUAUUCGGCUCUCAACAGUGUGGGCUCAAAUAAAGGUCAAUCUCUUACCGAAUUCGCCCUGGAAACAGAGCCACAAGUGGGAUACAAUGGCCGUAAGGUGGUUUAUGUUGCUGGACAGACAUUCGGCGGCAGCUCCGCAUCCAACUACAUGGGAUAUGCUCGAGCCACCUUCGGCACAUUCGAUAAAUGGACGAAGCUUACGGGCGAUGAUUUUUGGACCUGGGACAAUGUGUUUCCAGCAUACAAGAAGAGCUGCCAUUUUACUCCGCCAAACUAUCAAAAGAUCGACCGCAAAGCUAAUAUCAGCUACGAUGCCGGCGCGUUUGAUAGCACUGGCGGUCCCUUGGAGGUCUCGUAUGGCAAUUACCAAGGCCCUUAUGGACCGUAUUUUGAUGAGGCAAUGGAAAGGGCAGGGAUUCCACGACGUGAAGGAUUGAACAGCGGAACGCUCCUAGGCUAUGCCACUAUCACCGCUGCGAUUGAUCCUGAGACUGCUACUCGCAGCUCCGAAACUUCAUUCUUGCAGCUCGCCUCACGGAACUCCAACAUCAAGAUCUAUCCACAGACCCUGGCUAAGCGGAUCAUCUUCGAUGAGCAGAAGCGUGCCACGGGUGUUGAAGUUCGGACCAACUCAGUGACCAACAGCUUCACGUAUCAUCUGUCAGCUACAAAGGAAGUUAUUCUAUCCGCGGGAGUUUGGCAUUCCCCGCAAUUGCUCAUGGUUUCAGGGAUUGGGCCGGCAGAAACACUUCAGAAGCAUGGUAUUUCUGUUGUCAAUGAUCUACCAGGUGUUGGUCAGAAUGAAUGGGAUCAACCGUGGAUGGAACUUUCUUUCAAAGUCAACGUUACUACCGGCUCACAACUCCAGGCUGGGAAUGAGGAAGUCUCCGCAAAGCUGGUCGAACAAUAUCUCACCAACCAAACUGGUCUGCUAGCCAGCAUUGGCGGAGGCCAAGCCCUGGCAUUUGAGAAAUUUCCCCAGCUCUACCACCAGCAGUUCAGCAAUAAGACCCGUAAGUUCCUGGAUACGUUCCCGGAUGACUUGUCCGAGGUCAAUUACCUAAGUCUGGAAUACGGCGACAAUCCUCCUGGUCUCGGCCCCGAUGAUAACUAUAUCACACUUGGCUCCGCACUGUCUACCACCUCGUCGCGUGGCAAUAUCACCAUCAAGAGUGCUGAUAUGGCCGAUGGACCGAUUAUCAGUCCCAACUGGUUGCUGGACCAAGGCGACCAAGAGCAAGCAAUCGCCGCCUUGCAACGCAUCCGUGAGAUUGCAUUCAACAGCACGAUCGUCCAGUCUGAAUAUCGACCAGGGUCGAAUGUUACCUCGCGUGAAGAUAUCCUGGAAUGGCUCAAAGAGAACAUGAGUUUGAUCUACCACGGCGCUUCGACAUGCAAAAUGGGACCCAAAGCCGAUAAAUCAACCGUCGUGGAUUCUAGGUCUCGGGUCCUUGGUGUCGAGGGCCUCCGUGUAGUCGAUGCCAGUGCACUGCCAUUCUUACCCCCCGGUUUCCCUAUGGCCACCGUGUACAUGCUUGCUGAAAAGAUUUCCGAGAGUAUUCUGGAAGGAAACUGA